AGACGGCAAAAGCGCGCAACCCAGGUAUUUUUGACGAGUGCUAACACUUUUUUGUGCGGAGCUCCCCCCGAAAUCAGUCUAUCUUUGGUAAUUGGCCGCAAAGCGCAGCGAAUUUCGGCUACCACAUCCCCGAGUGUUCGUCUCCGAGAGCAAGCGGCACCGCGACAUGGCCCUGAAAAGAAUAAAAAAGGAACUGGAGGAUCUGAAGCGAGACCCGCCAGCGCAGUGCUCGGCCGGUCCCGUGAACGACGACCUGUUUCACUGGCAAGCCACGAUCAUGGGACCGCCGGACAGCCCCUACCAGGGCGGCGUCUUCUUUCUGACGAUCCACUUCCCGACGGACUACCCGUUCAAGCCACCCAAGGUGGCCUUCACGACGCGCAUCUACCACCCGAACAUCAACAGCAACGGCAGCAUCUGCCUGGACAUCCUGCGCUCGCAGUGGUCGCCGGCCCUAACCAUCUCCAAGGUGCUGCUGUCCAUCUGCUCGCUACUCUGCGACCCAAACCCGGACGACCCGCUCGUGCCGGAGAUCGCGCGCUUCUACAAGACGGACCGCGACAAGUACAACGAACUCGCCCGCGAGUGGACACGCAAAUACGCCAUGUGACCCGCCGGCGGACGACGCUCACAGACUUGUACAAAGAGAGGCGAGGAUGGUGGGAGUCCGUUAGGCCUAGCUCUUGGCGACGGUGUCGGCGCCCUCGCCCCCGUCGUCUGCCGCGGGCCGUGAGCCCGCCUCGGCCGAUGAGCUCAGUAGGACUUUCCUCUUUUGUUUUUUCGUCCCCCGGCACCGCGACCGAAGACGCCUUUGUGACUCGCACGGUACCUCCCUUUUAAUCGCGGAAAAUUGAUACCCCCCCUCCCCAAAUGCUUUUCCGCUGUACUACGUCUUGGGUCAAAGUGCUUUGCUGGCUUCGUGUUUGGUUCGUCACUGCCGCCUUUUCCCAGUUCCCGGUCGUUCGUUUUCUUCUUCGAAUUAGUGGGCAAAGGACAAAAACAAAGGAGGGCCGAAGAAAGAAAGAAUCCCCCCCGAAAAAAAAAAACUAUUUUCUGGGUGCACGAUCACGAUAUCUGUGAGGUUGGGUACAGACAGGGCGAUUUGAUGUAAAGAUGCCCAAGAAAAGCGGUUUUCUUUUUUUUUAUGUGCAGGGGAGGUUUAUUUGCCCUUACAGACAGGGCGAUUUAAUGUAAAGAUGCCCAAGAAAGACAUUCUUUUUUUAUGCGCAAGGGAAAUUUAAAUGCUCCCAUGGGUAGACUUUUUUUUUUUUUUUUCUUCUUAUUUGGUGUUUCUGUGAACGGUGUUGUCAAGAAGACCUACCCAUGCAAAGCCUGCGUUUGACGUAAAACUGGGCUCUUGAAUCGGAAGCCAGUCUGGGCGGAAAAGCGUAAAUGAACGAAAUGUCUAAAACAAGCAAAAGAAGAACACAUUUUUCUUCACUUCAUCUACGUUUCCUUUCCCAUCCCGCCUCUAGAAACAUUUCGAGCUCUGUCAUUUUAGUUGUGUACCGAUCCCAGUGUUUUCUCUCGUUUAUUUCCACAGCAGCACAGUGUGACUUGCUCGAAUACGCUUGUCUUUCUCCCGCCCCCUCCCCUGUCUUCCCCUUUUCCCCGAAGAAUUCAGAGGGCAUGCUUCCCUACUCUUAAUCCGACCGCCGAUUUUUGAAAUGCUCGAUUAAAGUAUUUUGUGUGUGAGGUGCACCA